GAUGAUUGUGAUGCUGCAGACUGCGAUGAAGAAUUGGACAGGGAGGUCAGGGAUUGGAUGGUUUGCGAUGGGCUGGAGGUGGAGUUAUCUCCAGAGAAGCACACACCAGAGCAGAAGGACAAGUGUCGCCCACCGAAGACCCUGUGUCGUGCCUCUCCCGGUAGCGCCUUCAUUUUGGGUCUGAAGAGGGUGUCUGUGCAGCUGAUGGACUGCAAGAAAACACUGGGGCAGAAAACCUGCAAGAAAACCCACUCCUGUGCUCAGUGUGGGAAGAGUUUUGCCACAAAAGACAUUCUGGAGCGACAUCUGCUAACUCACACUGGAGAGAAACAGAAAAAUAUAUGUGCUGAAUGUGGGGGAGUAUUCAGUACAUUUUCCAGCCUUUCCAGGCAUCUGAAAACUCAUACUGGAGAGAAAUGUCAUGUUUCUGAAACCACAUGCUCUGAAUGCGGAAAGACAUUCAGUACACAUUCCAGUCUUAGGAGACAUCUGCUAACUCACACUGGAGAGAAACCGUAUGUUUGCCCUCGUUGUAAGAAAGGUUUCAAUGAUCCAGGAAACUUGAAGAAACACAUCAGGAGAGCUCACCCAGGAGAGAAGUUGGGUGUGGAGAGGCUCUACCGUGAACCGUGUCCUCACUGUGGGGAGAAGUUUCCCACAAAGAAGGCUUUGGAGGAGCACCUGGUAACCCACACAGGAGAGAAACCUCACCAGUGCUCUGACUGCGGGAGGGGAUUCAAUGAAUUGUCUAGUCUUAAGAGGCAUCUGAGAACUCAUACUGGGGAGAAACCAUACAUUUGCCCUCGUUGUGGCAAGCCUUUUAAUGAUCCAGGAAACUUGAAGAAACACAUAAAAAGAACUCACUCCGGAGAACAUUCCAAAGAGAAACCUUCUGAGAACAAUGUUGGUUCUUCAGAACAGGAGGAGACAGUAAAGAAGCCAGUCCUUCAUCCAUGUUCUCACUGUGUGAAGAAGUUGUCAACCAAGACAAGACUAAAGAUUCACCUGAAGACCCACACUGUAGAGAAAUCUCACGUCUGCCCCGACUGUGGGAAGAGCUUUGCUUUCCGUCCCUCCUUGACUAAACAUCAGAAACUUAGUCAUUCAGAGCACGGAGGAGUGAAAAGGCAUGAAUGUUCAGUGUGUGGGAAAGUCUUUAAUCAGCCAGGAGCCUUGAGGUCCCAUCAAAGAACCCACACUGGAGAGAAACCUCACCUCUGUGCUGACUGUGGGAAGAGUUUCUCUUUUCAGUCGUCUCUGAAAAGACAUCAGGCACUUCACGCAGCAGGUAGUGCGAAGCCCCACAUGUGCUCUGUCUGUGGGAAAGGCUUUAGAGAUUCUGGAUACUUAAAAAAACAUCAAGCCAUCCAUUCGGAAGAGAAACCUCACCUCUGCUCUGAUUGUGGAAAGACUUUUGCAUCCUUAUUUACCUUAACAAAUCAUUCCAAAUUGCAUCGUUUAAACAGAGACCAAUUCCAAUGCCCUGAAUGCAAGCGCCAUUUCCCAACAAAGGAAAGGCUGACAAGCCACCAGAGAACGCAUACCGGAGAGAAACCAUUUCGCUGCUCCCAAUGCCACAAACGCUUCUCUCACUCAAGUAGUUAUCAAAGGCACCUUCGUAUGCACACUGGGGAGAAACCCUUCAUUUGCCCCCUUUGCGGGAAGCAAUUUAACGACUCUUCGAAUCUUAGAACACAUGUUAGAAGACAUAAAGGAGAGAAGGUAGGAAAGACACAGGUCUCUGAGCCAUGCCCUCACUGUGGGAAGAGGCUAGCUUCUAAGGCAGGGUUAGAGACUCACCUGCGGACACACACUGGAGAGAAACCUCACCUCUGCGCCGACUGCGGCAAGAGCUUCGGCUUCCACUCAGCUUUGAGAAGACAUCAGAAAACGCAGCACGGAGAGCAAUUAGCGAAGCCGCACGUCUGUUCUGUCUGUGGGAAAGGUUUCAUGGAAUCUGGAGCGCUGAAGAAACAUGUGGUGACCCACGAGGAGAAACAGCACCUCUGCCCUGACUGCGGGAAGACCUUCAGGGUGCUUCAGGCCUUGUCAAAUCAUCAGAGAACCAAGCAUCAAAAAACGAACGAGCAAGUAAGAGAGAAGAAUCCGUUCCUGUGCCUUACUUGCGGCCAGGAGUUCAAUUCAAAGCAUCGAUUGGUAAUCCACGAGCGAAAGCACACAGGCGAGAAGCCUUACCAAUGCUCCCAUUGCGACAAACGCUUCACUGAGAAGUCUUACAUGAAACGUCACCAGACUGUGCACACGGGAGAUAAACCUUUCCAAUGCUCCGUCUGCGAUAUGAAGUUCUCGCAUGGUGCAUCUUUAAUACGGCACCGCCUAAUACACUCAGGUGAGAAACCGUACCACUGCACUUACUGCGACAAGAGUUUCUCUCAGUCAAAUACUCUGAAAACACACAUACUAACGCACACCGGAGAGAAACCGUACCCAUGCCCCGACUGUGGGAAGCGUUUCACUGAAAAGAAAGCAAUGAAGAAACACCAACGCGACACACACGGGUCAGGGGCACACAACUCUGCUUUCUCUUUGCCUGGUAAAAAACAGAGAUUGAGUCAAGACCAGAGCCCUCGAGCAAAGCCGUACCAAUGCCCUGACUGUGGCAAGUGUUUCUCCGAGAAAAGAGCUCUUACGAAACACCAGAAGACACACCGGAGAGACACCGCCCCCUAUUGGUCCGGUAUACUGCAGCGAUGGAGUCAAGAUCCGCAACACUCUAAUACUGACUCAGACUCUGACCAAGACCAAGACUGGACCUCUUUAUAAAGACUCAGACCAAGACUCAAAGACAGGACAGACUAAGACUCAAACCAAGACUCAGACCUCUUUAUAAAGACUCAGACCAAGACAGGACCUCUUUAUAAAGACUCAGACCAAGACAGGACCUCUUUAUAAAGACUCAGACCAAGACAGGACCUCUUUAUAAAGACUCAGACCAAGACAGGACCUCUUUAUAAAGACUCAGACCAAGCCUGGACCUCUUUAUAAAGACUCAGACCAAGACAGGACAGACCAAGACCUCUUUAUAAAGACUCAGGCAGGACCUCAGUAUUGACCCCCCCAGUCAGAUGAGACCAGGACCUCAUUUAAACAGGGCAGAUAUGAUUGUGUUGUUUUGGCCAGCAGUUCUCCAGGCUUUUUCCCCUUCUUCACACUAUGUCAACCUUCAGUAUGCCAAUUCUGUUUAAUUAGGAGACAUUUUGUUUCGUUGCAUGUUGUAUUGAGACUUGAGAUUUUGCCCAAUUAUAUAACAUAAUAUCUAUCAUUUAAGAAGAGUAAUUGCACCAAGAGCAAUGAGAAGAUCAUCUGGUCGGGAGUCUGGAAACACCAAGAACAUGAGAUCAUCUGGUCUGGAGUCUGGAAACACCAAGAGCAAUGAGAAGAUCAUCUGGUCGGGAGUCUGGAAACACCCAAGAACAUGAGAUCAUCUGGUCUGGAGUCUGGAAACACCAAGAACAUGAGAUCAUCUGUUCGGGAGUCUGGAAACACCAAGAGCAAUGAGAUCAUCAUCUGGUCUGGAGUCUGGAAACACCAAGAACAAUGAGAUCAUCUGGUCGGGAGUCUGGAAACACCAAGAACAUGAGAUCAUCUGGUCGGGAGUCUGGAAACACCAAGAACAUGAGAUCAUCUGGUCGGGAGUCUGGAAACACCAAGAACAAUGAGAUCAUCUGGUCGGGAGUCUGGAAACACCAAGAACAUGAGAUCAUCUGGUCGGGAGUCUGGAAACACCAAGACCAAUGAGAUCAUCUGGUCGGGAGUCUGGAAACACCAAGACCAAUGAGAUCAUCUGGUCGGGAGUCUGGAAACACCAAGAACAAUGAGAUCAUCUGGUCGGGAGUCUGGAAACACCAAGAACAAUGAGAAGAUCUGGUCGGGAGUCUGGAAACACCAAGAGCAAUGAGAAGAUCAUCUGGUCUGGAGUCUGGAAACACCAAGAACAAUGAGAUCAUCUGGUCUGGAGUCUGGAAACACCAAGAACAUGAGAAGAUCAUCUGGUCUGGAGUCUGGAAACACCAAGAACAUGAGAAGAUCAUCUGGUCUGGAAACACCAAGAACAUGAGAAGAUCAACUGGUCUGGAAACACCAAGACGACCAGAUCAACAUUCCAUCUUCGGUAUAAACAAGCUAAGGGACGGGAAUGGGGGAAAACAACCUCAAAUUCAUAGGCAGACAUGGCAACAGAAAACUGCCCAUAGCAUUUUACACAGCUAACAACCAUUGGAUUUAAAAUGGAUUCAUUCAUUGACUGUUCUUUGUCCUAACAACCAUUGGAUUUAAAAUGGAUUCAUUCAUUGACUGUUCUUUGUCCUAACAACCAUUGGAUUUAAAAUGGAUUCAUUCAUUGACUGUUCUUUGUCCUAACAACCAUUGGAUUUAAAAUGGAUUCAUUCAUUGACUGUUCUUUGUCCUAACAACCAUUGGAUUUAAAAUGGAUUCAUUCAUUGACUGUUCUUUGUCCUAACAACCAUUGGAUUUAAAAUGGAUUCAUUCAUUGACUGUUCUUUGUCCUAACAACCAUUGGAUUUAAAAUGGAUUCAUUCAUUGACUGUUCUUUGUCCUAACAACCAUUGGAUUUAAAAUGGAUUAAUUAAUUGACUGUUCUUUGUCCUAACAACCAUUGGAUUUAAAAAUGGAUUCAUUCAUUGACUGUUCUUUGUCCUUCAAGAUAACAUUUCCACAACUCUUUAGUUACCAGGAAACAAGACAAUUAGAAACAAGCGCCCCCCUCCACCACACCCACAUACCUAAGAGACUCAAUGAACUUAGAGUAUAUUGACGUGUUUCACAGUUGUGUACAGCAAGUCAUUUGUUUUACAUUUUUAAUGGCUCUAUUCGAUCAGAUCCACUUUAGUGGUGUCGGAGGUGGAACUGCGUUAGAGCCGUCAAAUCCACAAGCGGCUCCUGGCAUUAUACCUAAAGCGGACAUUGCGAUCGGUAUUGCACAGUCACAGAACUCCCAUGCUGCCUUGUUUAGAAGUUGGAACACUGUGUGAUGUAAUCUACAGCCAGUUGAAUGAUUUUUAAAUCUUGAGUGUAUUCUUGCCAUGUAUAGUCGACAGUUCCAACAGUUCCCCCUCAGACGCCGCCAGAACAUCCGCUAUGCCGGUUAAUGAUCUCAUUGAAUCUAGGCCUGAGUAUAUACUUUGGCAGAUGAUAUUGAAGAAUGUUGUGUGUUUCAAAGGAUGUUUGAGUCUAUGUAAAAACACCAUGGAAACCGUGACAGUAAACGUGUUUGAACUGAG